CCGAUCAGGAAGCGACCCGAGUGAAAUGCUGUACAGUGUCCGGUGACCGGAGCGCUGCUGUCCGUUAUUCGUUCUAACCUGCAAACCUUACAAACGGCAGACCGUUCGCGUUCAGUUAGAGCUCUCAUCUACAGCUGCAGGCCGCUGUGGUCAGCAGGAUGAGUUCAGACGGAGGUGGGAGGCCUGUGAAGGUGGGCUCGCUGGUGGAGGUCAUCGGGAAAGGCCAGCGCGGGACCGUGGCGUAUAUCGGCGCCACCCUGUUCGCCUCAGGGAAAUGGGUCGGUGUGAUUCUGGACGAACCCAAGGGGAAGAACGACGGCACGGUGCAGGGCAAACGCUACUUCACCUGUGAGGAGAAUCAUGGGAUAUUCGUCAGACAGUCUCAGAUCCAGCUCAUCGAUGAAGGAGGCAACUCUGCUACGUCUCCAGAAACACCGGACUCAGGUGUGGCCAAACUGCUCAAGAAAGAAGUCCAGGAGACGCCAAAAGCUGUUAAGCAGACUCCAACAACAAGGAAGCCUCCUAUGCGUCGUAGUACCAAGUGGCCCACACCCAGACGUCUGUCCAGCUCCAGCUCCCUCCCCUCUCUCAUCAUGGCGGGUCGUCCCUCUGUCGGAGGGUCAGGACUUUCAGAGUCUGUGUUAGCAGAGAAUGAGUCCACAGCGUCUUCCCAGAUUGCACUGGGAGCUCCUGUCAUACCGCAGCCCAGCGGCACACCCAGCGCCCCUCCUCCUGCCACCCCGAGCAAGGAGGAGGAGAGCCUCCGAGCUCAAGUCAAGGAUCUGGAGGAGAAGUUGGAGACGCUGCGGAUGAAGCGCUCGGAGGGUAAAGCCAAGCUGAAGGAGAUGGAGAAGCACAAGAUCCAGCUGGAGCAGCUGCAGGAGUGGAAGAGCAAGAUGCAGGAGCAGCAGAACGAGCUGCAGAAGCAGCUCAAAGAGGCCAAGAAGGAGGCACGCGAGGCUCUGGAGGCUAAAGACCGGUACAUGGAGGAGAUGGCCGACACGGCAGACGCCAUCGAGAUGGCCACGCUGGACAAAGAGAUGGCAGAGGAGCGGGCCGAGUCUCUGCAGCAGGAGGUGGAGGCUCUGAAGGAGAAGGUGGAGGAGCUGAGUAUGGAUCUGGAGAUCCUCAAACACGAGAUCGAGGAGAAGGGCUCGGACGGAGCAGCCUCCAGCUUCCACGUCAAGCAGAUGGAGGAGCAGAACGGACGUCUGAAGGAGGCUCUGGUCAGGAUGAGGGAUCUGUCGUCGUCAGAGAAGCAGGAGCAUGUGAAGCUCCAGAAACAGAUGGAGAAGAAGAACUCUGAGCUGGAGACUCUGAGAGCACAGAAGGAGAAGCUGCAGGAGGAGAUGAAGCAGGCUGAAGCCAUGAUAGACGAGCUCAAGGAGCAGGUGGACGCAGCGUUAGGAGCUGAGGAGAUGGUGGAGACACUGACGGAGAGAAAUCUAGACCUGGAAGAGAAAGUGCGGGAACUCAGAGAGACCGUCAGUGACCUGGAAGCCAUAAACGAGAUGAACGACGAGCUGCAGGAGAACUCGCGCGAGACGGAGCUGGAGCUGCGUGAACAGCUGGAUCUGGCCGGAGCUCGAGUCCGAGAGGCUCAGAAGAGAGUGGAGGCGGCGCAGGAGACGGUGGCUGACUAUCAGCAGACCAUCAGCAAAUACAGAGAGCUCACCACUCACCUGCAGGAAGUGAACCAAGAGCUGACCAAUCAGCAGAGCAGCUCGGCCGAGCAGCUGCAGCAGCCGACUUCUGAACUCUUCGACUUCAAGAUCAAGUUUGCUGAGACCAAAGCUUACGCCAAGGCCAUCGAGAUGGAGCUCCGCAAGAUGGAGGUGAAUCAAGCGAACCGUCAGGUGUCUCUGCUGAUGUCCUUCAUGCCCGAGUCCUUCCUGAGACACGGAGGAGACCACGACUGCAUCCUCGUGCUGCUGCUCAUCCCCAGACUCAUCUGCAAGGCGGAGCUGAUCAGCAGACAGGCGCAGGAGAAGUUCGAUCUGAGCGGUGGCUCUCCGGAGCGCUCUGGAUUGAGAGGAGCCGCCGGAGAGCAGCUGAGCUUCGCGUCUGGUCUGGUUUAUUCCCUGACGCUGCUGCAGGCCACGCUGCACAAAUACCAGCUAGCUCUGAGUCAGUGCGGCGUGGAGGUGUACAAGCGCAUGGGCACGCUGUACUCGGAGAUGAGCGUUCACGAGCGAUCGCUGGACUUCCUCAUCGAUCUGCUGCAUAAAGAUCAGCUGGACGAGACGGUGCAGGUGGAGCCGCUCACCAAAGCCAUCAGAUACUACCAGCAACUGUACAGCGUCCAUUUGUCGGAUCAGCCUGAGGACUGCAGCGUACAGCUGGCGGAUCACAUCAAGUUCACCCAGAGCGCUCUGGACUGCAUGGGGUCAGAGGUCGGCCGUCUGCGGGCCUUCCUGCAGGCGGGACAGGAAGGGGCGGAGCUCUCUGUGCUCCUGAAGGACCUGGACACUUCCUGUGGAGACAUUGGUCAGUUCUGUAAGAAGAUCCGCAGGAGGAUGCCAGGAACAGAUGCUCCGGGGAUUCCUGCCACGCUCAGCUUCCCUGCUCAGGUGGGCGAGGCGCUGGCGGACUGCAGGAAGCAGCUGACGCGUGUGGUGGCCGUUCUGCAGGAAGUAGCAGCGGCAGGAGCUCAGAUGAUCGCUCCGCUCGCCGAGCCAGAGGGACUGACGCCGCUGAAGAUAGAAGACGUGAUGUUCAAAGCAGUGGAUCAGGUGUAUGGCACUCAUGGACUCAAUGCGUUCGAGUGUCUGCGUCAGUCCUGCGCCGCCGUCAUCGCCACCAUGAACAAGAUGUCCACCGCCAUGCAGGAGGGAGAAUACGACGCGGAGAGGCCGCAGCGUCCGCGUCCGCCAGUGGAGAUCCGCGCCGCUGCUGUCAGAGCCGAGAUGACCGAUGCAGAAGGUCUGGGAAACAAGCUGGAGGACCGAGAGACGGUCAUCAAAGAGCUGAAGAAAUCCCUCAAGAUCAAGGGUGAGGAGCUGAGCGAGGCGAAUGUUCGCCUGAGUUUACUGGAGAAGAAGCUAGACACGUCGACGAGAGACGCAGACGAGCGAGUGGAGAAGAUCCAGACCAAACUAGACGAGGCUCUGACUCUGCUGAAGAAGAAGGAGAAGGAGUUUGAGGAGACGAUGGAUGCGCUGCAGGCCGACAUCGAUCAGCUGGAGUCAGAGAAGGCAGAGCUAAAGCAGAGGAUCAGCAACCAACCACGAGCCACCGAAGGUUUCCGUGGACCGCAAGCAUCUGGAAUCGCCUCGAUCGUCACGGGAACCGCUGCUGGAGGAAUGGCGGCAGGCGUGAGUGGCGUCUCAGGUGUGGUUCAGGUGGUGGACUCUCCUCUCCUCAAACAGCAGAUCGACGUGCAGCGACUCGCCAUCAAGCAGCUGAAGAGUGAAAACUACAGACUGAAGGCUGAGAAGAUGCGAGCGCAGCUGUCGUCUCUGCCGCCGCUGCAGCCGGUGAACAUGACGGCAGUGAAGGAGGAGGCUCCGGCUGGAUCUCUGUACCGCAGAACUGAUCUGCUGCUGAACAACCUGCUGAAGAUGAGCGCCGGCCUCAGAGUUGUCGACAUCAGCGGGAAAACCUCAGCGAGUGCGAGUGCUCAGCUGCUGGAACAGACGGCCAAGAUGAAGUCUCUGAGCGACACGCUGGACAAACUGAAGGCUGAAGUGUCGCAGCACAUUGUGUCGCAGCGGCCUGGAGCUCGUGUGUCGUCUGACUUCGCCUCGUUCCCCUCCGCCUCUUUCGUCAAGGCCAAAGCGGAGCAGCAGAGCGGCUCGGUGCUGGUGGGGAAGGUGAUGAUUCCCUGCGCUCGCGGCGCGGAGCAGACGCACUGCCUCGUCCUGUCGCAGCAGCAGCUGCAGCGCGUGCAUCACCUGCUCAUGACGUAAACAAUCCCACGCUCUCAGGAAACAUCCGGCGCCAAAGACGCAUUACUGUCUUCUGAUCCUCCAGCGCCUGAACACAGCCUUCAUCUUUCUGACAUGGGACAAAAAAAGUAAAGUAAUUGUGACUUAUCUCACAAUUCUGACUUUUUUUUUUUUCAUGAUUGA